AUGGUUGAAGUUUCGGCCAUCAAGUUGCUAAAUCCAAAUUUUAUUCAUGAAGUGGCACCUGAAUUUCUCAUCCCCUUGGCUGACUUGACCUGUGCUAUUGGAGAGACAAUCAUAUUGCGCUGUAAAGUUUGUGGAAGACCAAAACCUACUGUCACCUGGAAAGGGCCUGAUCAAAAUGUCCUUGUGAAUGACAGUCGUUAUACUCCAUCACUCAGUGAUUCUGGGGAGGUUAUGCUUAAAAUCUGUAAUAUAAUGCCUCAAGAUAGUGGAAUAUACAGCUGUCUGGCAGUGAAUGAAAUAGGAUCAGCAUCAUCUUCAGCAACCGUCAAAGUGCAGGGUGUUCCAGCAGCACCGGGUCGGCCAAUAGCCCAGGAGAGAAGCAAUAGUUCUGUUAUUUUGAGAUGGUUACCUCCAGCAAGUACAGGAAACUGCACCAUUUCCAGUUACACUGUCGAAUACAGGGAAGAAGGAUCACUGGCAUGGCAGCAGUCAGUAGCAUCCACUUUGGACACCUACCUUGUGAUUGAGGACCUGAUUCCAGGCUGUCAGUACCAGUUCCGAGUCAGUGCAAGUAACCCCUGGGGAAUCAGCUCACCAAGUGAGCCAUCUGAUUUUGUAACUCUAUCUUGCAACAAUGAGCCUACCAGUGAUGACUCACGAAUUCCAUGGAAGGAUAAUUUUGAAUCUGCUUACACGGAGCUGUUUGAAAUUGGAAGGUACUGUAAAUCCACAUUAAAAGGAUAA